AUGGAAAAGUUACAUUGGGUUCUUGAUAAAUUGACCGUUCAUCAUGAACCGGGUCUUACCAAUGCUGAGUUGAUGUUAACGAAUGAUGAUUUGCGACCAGUUGAGCCUGAACGCCGCCGAUGGAGCUGGUUGAACUAUGUUGCAUUUUGGAUUGCCGAUUCACUAAAUAUUAAUACAUGGAUGAUCUCAUCAUCAAUGAUCGUCGCUGGUCUUUCAUGGUGGCAGGCAUGGAUUUGUGUCUGGAUUGGAUAUUUUAUCGCAGCGGGUUUUGUCUGCUUGACCGGUCGCAUCGGUGCUGUCUAUCACACUUCGUUCCCAGUCACAGUCCGAGCAUCCUUUGGAAUUUGGGGUUCGUUCUGGCCAAUUAUUAAUCGUGUUGUGAUGGCUAUCAUCUGGUAUGGAGUGCAAGGUUACAUUGGAGGCGAGUGUGUGACUGUGAUGAUAUCAGCCAUCUGGCCCAGCUAUCGAAACCUACCUAACACAAUGUCUCCUGGUGCUGGCGUCACAACCCAGGGCUUCGUCAGUUUCCUUCUCUUUUGGCUUGGAUCCCUUCCAGCAUUGUGGUUCCCUGUCCACCAGAUUCGUCAUUUGUUCACUGUCAAGGCGUACUACUCGCCCAUUGCUGCAAUUGCAUUCUUUGCCUGGGCCAUCUCCAGAGCUCACGGCAUUGGACCGAUCAUCCACCAGCCCAACACUAUUCACGGAAGUGCAUUGGCUUGGCAAAUUGUCAAGGGUAUCAUGUCAUGCAUUGGCAACUUCGCCGCUCUCAUCAUGAACGACCCUGACUUUUCUCGAUUCGCCCGCAAGCCUAAGGAUGCCCUGUGGUCCCAGCUUCUCACGAUUCCCAUCGGUUUUGGCAUUACCUCGUUCAUUGGUAUUAUUGUGACUUCAUCUGCAUCCGUCAUCUAUGGAACAGAGGUGUGGAGUCCUCUUACUUUGCUAGACAUGUUUUUGGAUGGCGCCAGCUCUGGUCAGCGCUUCGGCAUUUUCAUCAUCGCUCUUGGCUUUACAUUGGCCCAGCUUGGAACCAACAUUUGCGCCAAUUCAGUCUCUGCUGGAACAGAUUUGACUGCGUUAUUACCCCGAUACCUGAACAUUCGACGUGGAAGUUACAUCUGUGCCGCUAUCAGUUUGGCGAUGUGCCCGUGGAAUCUCGUUGCAUCUUCUAAUCAAUUCACCGACUACCUCUCCGCAUACUCGCUAUUCCUCUCUGCCAUCGCAGGACCCAUGAUUGCCGAUUACUAUAUUGUUCGUCGCGGCUACCUAGACAUCAAAGCACUGUACAGCGCCAGCAAAACAGACCCAUACUACUACACCUAUGGUUUCUCUUGGCGUGCGUACGCCUCAUACUUUUCCGGAAUUUUAAUGAACAUUGUCGGCUUCGUCGGUGAAGUCGGGGGUCCCGAGGUUCCAAUGGGCGCACAGUACAUCUACAACAUCAACUAUUUCUCCGGUGUCAUUGUAUCGGGCGGCAUGUACUGGCUUCUUUGCACUGUUUUCCCGAUACCAGCCACCAGUGAUACAUGGAAUGAGGUGGAUAUUGAUGAGAUCGAAGACUUUGCCGUUGCAUACGGAGAGGAGAUCGAUGUGGAGCACGUUACUGGUUAUAAUGGACGACGAUCAAUUUCUCCGUCGGAUGAUCAAAAAGGGCCAAGCGCUGCCAGCUCUCCUAAGAAGCUUUGA